AUGUUUAAACCUGUUGUUCUCGAAGACGUUACUGGCGGAAGCGGAAAGGCUACUAAUCUUUGUGUUCUAGUUUACGGCCUUUGGGGAAACCCAACUCAUAUGCGUAAUGUUGCUAAGGUUUUGCGCGACAAAUAUUCUGAAGAAAGAUUAUAUAUCCUGCCUGCCGAGAAGAACUGCGGCAAUUUCACAUACGAUGGCAUUGAAAUUGGUGGCGAGCGCGUGUGCGCUGAGAUCGAGGCCAAGUUGCGCAGCAUUAAAGAGCAAGGAGGCAAGAUCACUAAAUUGAGUAUGGCAGGAUAUUCGCUCGGUGGUCUGGUUUCGCGGUAUGCGGUUGGUUUGCUUGAUGCGAAAGGAAUCCUUGGUGAUCUCGAAUGCAUGAACGUUCCCACAUUUGCAAUCUCCCAUCUCGGAGUGAGAACGCCACUUAAAGGAUGGCUCAACAACGUCAGGAACGUCCUCGGCGCCCGAACGCUAUCAAUGUCAGGUCGCCAACUUUUCACCAUCGAUAAAUUCCGCGACACCAACCGACCCCUUCUCGCCGUGCUCGCCGAUCCAGAUUCUAUGUUCAUGUCUGGUCUGAAGAAGUUUAAGCGUCGUACACUGUACACAAAUAUCGCCAACGAUCGAAGCGUGCUACACUACACAUCAGCCAUUACCAAAUAUGAUCCUUACACAGACCUUGAAAAGAUCAAUCUCAACUACCUUGAGGGAUACGAGGACGCCCCGUUGAAAAACUACAAAGCCCUCAAGAAGUGGUUCAAGAAUAUCCUGUUUAUGGCGACAGUUGGUAUUAUAAUGCCGAUUGGCCUUGCUGUCUUCCUCGUCUACUCUGCCGCCCAAACAACCUGGAGUGCCAUUCGAAUCAAUGCGCAUGAGUCAGGAGAGGCUGGGUUUGAAGAUCGAGCAGUACCGCAUGUUCCUGCGAAUUCAGGAGGUUCGAGAAGAAGCCAAGCAAGCUUACGAGGUCUUCAGCAGCUCACAGAGCCAGCAUUAGAUAUGAUUGAGAACCUGAGUGGAGCUGGUUGGCGCACGUGUCCUGUUCACAUUCAGAAGCAUCGACAUAGUCACGCGGCUAUUGUGGUGCGCAUGGAUAAAAAGGGUUUCGUAGAUGGUUGGGUUGUUUUGAGGCACUUUGAUGGGAGUGAGUUCGUCAUGUAA